AGCCGUUCCCAUGGGUGGUAACACUGCAAGCACCACUCAUUCUCUUUCCAAAUGAAACGCAAAAAGGUCCAAUUGUUAUUUUCUGCAAGGUUUUCGGCAUUUAUAUUACCGUAAAGAUGGCUCUAUAGUUUGCGCGCAAGCAAAAACAUCCAGCACCUUGGUGCCCCAAACACAACAAAAUGGAAACGAAUAAAAAACAAUCUGCCAUCAUGGCAUCUUCACAACAACAAGAAACACCGCAAAAACUACCAUUCACAUUCUUCAGACCGGAUUUCACUUUCUCGAUAAAAAGCUUAUCCUUCACAUCUGAUUUUGAUUCUGAUUAUGGACGCAUCAUUUCAUCAAACCAUGGAGAGCUUGCAGUUGCCCAAGGAGCUGUAUUGGGACCUGAAGCUGGAGCCACAAUCCCCUACAUCGGCGAUCGGCUCCGAUCUGUUCUCGCUCACUGAAUCAACAGAUGCCGAAUGGCUGUAUGACACUAACUUUGCAAAUGGCAUUACUCUUAUUGGCGAUGAAGAAGCUUUAUGUUUAAACGAGGCUACCUCUCUCGAGCUGCUGAGCGACGAAGAGUUGGUUGUGGAGAUCUUUGACCUGAAAGAUGAAGAAUGUCUCUUGGACCAAAAAGAAGCGCUGAACUGCCUUGAUUAUGAGAGGAACGCCUAUCAGCCCAUCAUCGAUGUUACCAGUUCGCCGAUAAUACCCACAACCAAAGUUCAAUUCGCUGCAUCAUCUGUAUCUGCUUCACUCGUUUCUGCCUCCGACUUCCAGCUCGGUGAUACUUCAUCUCUUAUUCUACAGCAGUUGACUCCGCCACAGUCUCCGCCGCAAUUCGAUGCUUCUAUACAGACAUCGGAUUCUUCACAGGCACAACCCGUGCUUGUUAAGGCCGAGCAGAAAGCGCAAUGCUAUACUCCUGAUGCUACAAAUGCGGCUGCCGCCACGCCCUUUAACUUUAACAACUGGGUGGGCGGAAGCGAAAUAGCCCGCGAAAACCAACUAGUUGAUGAUAUCGUCAAUAUGCGUGCCAAGGAACUUGAGUUAACCACAAACUGGCAGAAUUUUAAUGAGGACUGCGAGUCUCAGGCUUCUUCCUCGUUGGACAGCAGAAGCACAGGCAGUGCAUUAAGCGGUAGCAUAGCUGAUGCGGAUGAGGACUGGCUUCCAGAGCCCGCCAGCGACUGCUCUUCCCCAGCUCACGCGUCCGUGGAGCAGACUUUGACAAAGCCGAAAAAGCGUACUCGUACAUAUGGGCGCGGUGUGGAGGAUCGAAAGAUUCGAAAAAAGGAGCAGAAUAAGAACGCGGCCACUCGAUACCGCCAGAAGAAGAAGCUCGAAAUGGAAAAUGUGCUAGGUGAGGAACAGGUGUUGUCCCAGGAAAACGAAGAGCUUCGCCGUACUCUCCAAGAACGCCGUAACGAGAUGCGCUAUUUGCGUCAGUUAAUACGCGAAUUCUACCAUGAACGCAAGCGCUAGGCCACCAAUGUUCAAUCUAAAGUUUAAUGUCGUUUGCAAAGUUUUUGUUAUCAGUUUUAUGUAAACCCAAACCUUCCUCAUGUUCCCAAAACAACAGCAUCAUUUCUUGAUGUAACCCACACACCAAUAAUCCCCAGCUUACCCAACGCUUUCAAAAACGUGUACGCAGCCGUUUGUCUUGGCACCAUUUUUUUGCCACUUAUGACGAACCUUCGAGUUCCGAAAUAUUCCUUGCCAAUGGUGACCAAUGACAAGUCUCUAUCCCCAGCAGAACAGGUCAAGAUGUCACUAUAAAGUGGCAUUGCAUUGUUUGAAAAACUUGAAUGAAAACCUUUUUAAGUUGUAUUUAUGCAAAUCUGUCUGUGAUACGGCUGCUGUAAUAUUUUAAAGCAUUUUAUUUUUUAUAUUGGUAAGCAUAUUGACAAAUGUAAUAGAUUUAUUUAAUGACUUCAACAAUAUGUAAUAAUAAUAUUCAACAUGUAUCUGCAAUAAAUCAAAAGGGUUUUCAGAAGAAAAAAA